AAGAGAAGAAGAGAGAAGACGGAUGGGUGGCAUCGAGCUAACCCUCACCUUCCUCUUCCUCGCUCGACCAGCUAUAUCACACACCUCUUUCUCUACUUCCUCAUACCAAGAUAACUAACAGCAGUACCGUUGUGUUGAAAGAUGGAUUCGGUUACAUCGAUGAUCAGUAGGACAAAGUCGGACCAACUGGAGAAGGUUGCAGCGUCACAGUCGAUAAGCCGCACGGCCUCUGCUGAAACGAUUCUGACCUCAAACACUAAUGGGGAGCCGAGCUUAUCCAGGAAGUCGAGCUUCGGGAAGAAAACAGUGGGAACUUCACCGGGGAGGAAAGUCGGGCACCACAGUCGGAAAUCACGGAGCGGACAGCUGAAGCUAGACUUGGAAGAUGUGAGCAGCGGUGCCGCCUUGAGCAGAGCUUCCAGUGCCAGUCUGGGCUUCUCCUUUUCAUUCACCGGCUUCACUGCCCCUCCCGAAGACAUCAUUGCGGAUCUGAGGUCUUUCAGUGAUGAUGACAAUGGAAAGGAUCCAGAAGCUGGACACAUGAAGAAAAAGAUAAUAUCAGAGCCAACUGUGCCAAUAUAUAUAAAGUUUACAGAGGUUAGAUACAAGGUAAUCCUCAAAGGAGUAACAACAACCACUGAGAAAGAUAUCCUCAACGGAAUUACAGGUUCAGCGAGCCCCGGAGAGCUUCUAGCCCUAAUGGGACCUUCUGGUAGCGGAAAAACCACUCUCCUGAGCCUCCUCGGAGGAAGGAUACGUGGCAAUUUGGUCGAAGGAACCAUAACUUACAAUGACGAACCAUACACCAAGUCUCUAAAGCGCAGGAUAGGAUUUGUGACUCAGGAUGAUGUUCUCUUUGCACAUCUUACUGUGAGAGAAACACUAACUUAUGCAGCUCUCCUUCGUCUUCCAAACAAAAUGAGUAGACAGCAGAAGGAGGAGAGGGCAAUGGAUGUCAUCUAUGAGCUAGGACUUGAAAGGUGCCAAGACACCAUGAUUGGAGGAUCUUUUGUACGAGGAGUCUCAGGAGGUGAAAGGAAGAGGGUCUCUAUUGGGAAUGAAAUUAUUAUUAACCCAUCUUUGCUGCUUCUUGAUGAACCCACCUCUGGUUUGGAUUCAACAACAGCCCUAAGAAUAAUGCAAGUUUUGCGUGACAUAGCCGAGGCUGGAAGAACAGUUCUAACCACAAUUCAUCAGCCAUCUAGCAGACUUUUUCAUAGAUUUGAUAAACUGAUCCUUCUUGGAAAAGGUAGUUUGUUAUAUUUCGGGAAAGCAUCAGAAGCACUGGUCUACUUUUCAUCAAUUGGGUGUUCUCCUCUCAUUGCAAUGAACCCAGCAGAAUUCCUACUUGAUCUUGCUAAUGGCAACACAAAUGAUAUUUCAAUACCUUCAGAGCUAGAGGAUAAAGUGCAGAUAGAAAACCUUGGAAGCGAUAUAAGAAACGACAAGCCAUCUCCAAAAGAUGUGCAUGAGUACCUGGUGGAGGCCUAUGAGACUAGAGUUGCUGUUAAGGAAAAAAAGAAGUUAAUGGCACCUCUUCCUAUAAGUGAAGAUUUGAAGGUCACUGUGUCAUCACCAAGAAGAGAUUGGGGUGCAAGCUGGUUGCAACAGUACUCCAUAUUGUUUUGGAGAGGAUUAAAAGAAAGACGACAUGAUUACCUAAGUUGGAUGAGAAUCACUCAAGUUAUUGCAACUGCAGUAAUCCUAGGUUUACUUUGGUGGCACUCCGAUAGCACAACCCCAAAAGGUCUGCAAGAUCAGGCAGGAUUGUUGUUCUUUAUUGCUGUCUUUUGGGGCUUCUUCCCGGUUUUCACGGCAAUCUUUACAUUUCCACAAGAAAGAGCAAUGUUAAAUAAGGAAAGAGCAGUUGACAUGUACAGGCUAAGCGCUUAUUUCAUGGCCAGGACAACAAGCGAUUUGCCACUGGACCUGUUCCUACCAAUAAUAUUCCUGCUAAUUGUAUAUUUCAUGGCAGCAUUAAGGCAGAGUGUGGAGGCCUUCUUUCUUACUAUGUUAAUUGUAUUUCUCAGUAUUGUUGCUGCCCAGGGACUAGGAUUGGCAAUCGGAGCCUCACUAAUGGACGUCAAGAAGGCAACUACUUUAGCUUCAGUUACAGUAAUGACCUUUAUGCUCGCUGGUGGAUUUUUUGUGAAGAGGGUUCCAGUAUUCAUAUCAUGGGUCCGCUACAUGUCUUUCAACUAUCACACUUACAGACUCUUACUCAAGGUGCAGUAUGACCAAGCACCACUCUCUCUAAAUGUUACUCACCUCAACAAUGGUGUUAUAGAAGUUGGAGCCAUGAUAGCAAUGGUGUUUGGUUACCGACUCUUGGCAUACAUUUCCCUAAGAAGAAUGAAUCUUCAUCAUGCUGCUUAAGCAAGAAUGCACGGAGGAAAUUUUUCAUCUCCAGCAAAUCAUAGUUUGGAAAGACCCAAGCCCAAAGAGAAGGAUGCAAAAAAGGACUUUUAGUAGAGAUUUUAAUUUCUAUACUAUCCAUCAUUUGGAAUUUGUAAAACAUCGUGCUUUAGAAGAUAUGAAAUGAAGAGGUUGAGCAGAAAUUGUGCAAAUAUUUUCCUCACCGGAAAAUUAGUUGCAGACGUAAGAAGAUAUUGGAACCUAAAAUUUGUUUAAACCAAUA